AUAGCCAAGCAAGCAAAGUUGUUCACUUUCACUCACUUUUAAAAUUAGUUAUUAAAGUAAGAACUUUUCUAAUAUCUCUGCUGGACUCUAUUAAAAAAAACUUUUUAUUAGUAUGCUACCAAAGGCGGAAUCAGAAAUUCGCAAUCUUUAUUCUCGAAAUAUUGCCGAGAAAUCGAUUAAUAAGCAAUCUAGAAGUUGGCAUUGGUCUUUGAAGAAAGAUAAUUUAUCGGCAUUAGAAGGCGGUCUAAGUCUUUUUUGUAACUACCAAAGGAUAUUCUCAGUUGGUGAUCCUCAAGUAGCCAAAAGUUUACUACUUAACCAACUUUUUCACCCAACUACUGUGCUAUUGGAAGUGAGCAGAUUGAUGGACUUGCAUGGGUGGCCGGAAAUUUUUCAAAACAUUAAAAGUAAUGAAAUUAGUCAUUUCGAAUCAAUCUUGGACGAAAGGGGGGGUAGCCUUUCUGCUCUUGGUUCCUGUGCUUACCGCCUCUGCGCCUUUCGCCUUGGCUUUGGUCCCGAUUAUCUUUCGCGUAUCUUUUUUGAUUCUAGUAAUAAACCUGAAAGUUGGCUUGAGGAGGUAAAAGUUCAAUUUGAGCAAACAGGUUUUCUUUGCUACGAUGCUGCCCUUCUUGGCGGAGAGGCAAAUUUGAGGAAGGAACAACUCAAGAAGCCUUUCUUGUUUUUGGAUAUGAUUGCAUUCACUCAAACGCGCACAUGUUUUAUCGACGAUGUUAUGUCUCAAUUCUUUUUGGAUUUUCCUAAUAAAAGCAACACUAUUAUCCUCGGAGCGGGCUAUGAUACACGCUUUUACCGUCUUCCUAUUCCCUUGCUGGCAAAUUUAUACGAACUUGAUUUGAAAACCACACAACUAGCGAAGAAGCGGGUCUUAACCAAAAGAGUCAAAGAUUCCUGGCUUUACAACAAGCGCAAAGAAGGAGACCCAUUUGCUUACGACUUUAGAGAUGUUAACUGCGCUGAUAAUCUUGUCUUGGUCGACUCUGAAGUUUUUCAAAGGGUUGUGUACCUUGAAUGUGACUUGACACGUGAAAAUUUUUUACUUAAGCUAAAAGAUUAUUCAUCUUUUAGCAUAAAACUUCCAACUCUCAUCGUUUUAGAAGGUGUCUCUUACUAUCUCCUUCCAGAAUGCUUCGAAAACAUUUUAAAAAUUAUUAAGCAAUAUUUUUAUAGUAUGCCCUGCGCUUUAGUGUUCGACUACGCCACAAAAAGACAUUUGGUGUUUCAAGAAAAGUUUCAAAGUAGGCGAAGUAAAGAACCCUGGCUUUUUGGUUUGGAAAGUAAAGAUAUGCGCAAUUUAUUACGGUUUUACAAACUGUAUGUUUACGAUCACAUAUCCUGUUCAGAUGGAUUGGAAUAUUAUUUACCCAAAAGGGAUCAAGGCAGUGUUUCUCUGGGUGGCGCUGAAAAAACUUUUAUUCUGGCGGUCAAUAAAAAGUUUUUAAAGUUCACAAGAAAGAAUAAAAGAAAAAAUAAAUAA